GACACAGUAAUCUACAGGAAGCACAGACUGAAGGCAUGAAGCUUAUCCUAUUCCUUAUUCUCUUUCAAGCCACAGUUGCUUUGGAAGAGGAUGACAGGAUUGUUGGUGGGUUUGAGUGUCUGAAAAACUCUGUGCCCUACCAAGUGUCCCUCUUCACUGGGUACAACUUCUGUGGGGGGACUCUUCUGUCUGAUGAGUGGGUGCUUUCAGCGGCACAUUGCAAAACAAAGUCAAAUGUGGAAGUUCGGCUGGGGGAGCACGACAUCUGGGAAUCUGAUGGGACUGAGCAGCACAUCAUGUCUGCCAAGUUCAUUCGCCACCCUGACUACAAUCCCCGCACUCAGGACAGCGAUAUAAUGCUGAUCAAGUUGAGUCAGCCAGCCACUCUGAACAGCUACGUGCAUCCCGCCGUGCUCCCUUCUGACUGUGCCGGAGAUGGGACGAUGUGCCGGAUAUCUGGAUGGGGAAGUAUUCGCUCCAGUGACGAAGGCUCGAGGUACCCACAUAAACUGCAGUGCUUGGAUGCUCCUCUCCUGAGUGAUGACACCUGUUUUAAUGCAUAUCCCUUCCAAAUAACUGAAAAUAUGAUCUGUGCUGGAUAUCUGGAGGGAGGAAAGGACUCUUGUCAGGGGGACUCUGGGGGUCCCAUGAUAUGUGAUGGAAAGCUCCAAGGAGUUGUGUCCUGGGGCCACGGCUGUGCCUUAAGGAAUAAGCCUGGAGUGUACACGAAAGUUUGUAAUUAUGUGUCUUGGAUCAAGAACACCAUGGCAUCAGGCUGAGUAGUCAAACAGCGGCGAAGGCUGGGAGAAGAAAGAAAACCAUUAAAGCCAGCUGUAUCAAUCUUGUGUAAAGCUUGUUUCUUAUAAGGUUGUUAGGUCAGUAAUCACAAAGUGUUCAUAUUUAUUUUCAUAUUUACCCACAAGCAUGGCAGGCAGACUUUAAUCAGCACCAUAGAACAUGUUAGAAUGAACACUUUACACAACAAAAAUAUAAUUGUAUUGAUUAGGAAAGUCAGCCCACAUUGAAUAACAUGCUGUUAGUAUUUUAGUCCACUCAAAUACAUUUUUUAAUUUGAGGGGAAAAUAUGAUAUCACCCGCAGAGAAAGUUAAAAGGCUAAAUGUAUUCAGUGUUAGGUCAUAUUAUCAGCAUUGCUCUGGAGUUUGGCUUACUAAAAAUACACCAAAAACUUAAUUCUCCUCCCUUUCAUAUUUACUGGGACAGCCAAAGUAUAUGUGUUGCUAAACUGAACUUUAUAUAUCACUGUGGAUUCUACGUUUUUCUUUCUUUUACAAAUUAGGUGACUUAUGACAUACUUUACCUAUGAUUUCAAAGGAAAGAAAUGUUAUUGAGGUAAUCUGAAAUGGUCAUUUUGAGAACUGGUGGGGUGAAAAACUGACAUAUUUACUGUCAAAUGAAUAAAUACUGUCAAUGUCCAUCCAGUCUAGGAGUUAAGUAUUUCAAGAAUUCUUAUAGCUAAAGAUAUUAAUUC